ACUACAAAUGCUACAGUGCCUGGUUUGACAUCCAAGAGCACAUCUUUCAUUCCAAGUUCUGGACUAUCAUUUUCACAUUGUUCAUCGUUUAUUCGCCGCAAUCACCAUGUCGAAGACCGCGAAUGCAGAAGCAAUUCUGAAGGGUGCACACAUAGCUGCAAAUGUCUUCCAAUUACGACCUGAUUACCGCGCACUAUUGAUGGUCGUUGAAGGCAUUCCACCUGGUCCUAGCGAUAGUACAAGCGAGGCCCUCUUACAAGAGGCUGAGGCGUCCGCACGGGAGUCGUUAUCACGACAAGCUGUCACCGAGAUACCACACGUUGCCGCAUGGCGAGACACAUACAAAGCCUUUGGCGCCAAACCGAAGAAAGAGCGCAACAGUCUGGAAUCUCUGAUGCGUCGUGCAGAGGGAGGUCUUCCAAGAGUCAACCGAUUGACUGAUAUUUACAACGCCAUUUCGAUCAAACAUCAAAUUCCGCUCGGUGGCGAGGACUUGGACAAAUACAGUGGAUUACCAAAGUUGAUCCGUGCAACUGGUCAGGAGAAAUUCGACACGUCCUCAGCCGGGGAAACCGUAACGGAGCUUCCACCUGCUGGAGAAGUCGUGUGGUGCGAUGACGCAGGAGUUACCUGCCGUCGCUGGAACUGGCGUCAGUGUUCCAGGACUGCGCUAUCCGAUGCAACAACGCGUAUUCUAUUCAUCUUGGAUGCACUGGAGCCUCUUUCUGAUAAUGCCCUGGAAGAUGCCGCUGAUGAGUUAGGCCGAUUGUUGAGCAAUUUGUCUCCGGAUGUACGCAUAUCGCGUCGGGUCAUUCGAGCAUCGUGAGCUUGAUCCAGUAGUCUCGCUGGUGAAGAGACCUGUCUUUGAAGUACUUGUUUGAUGUAUCUUAACUAUCAAUAUGCGAUCAUUUUUUCAGGCUAUGUUGUAACGCCUUUACCAUUUUUCAACGGAGAUUUGUAGGAGAACUUCAAGAGUAACGACGGACGGGAUUUACUAACUAAUCUAAGCAACUGAAAGACAUAUAUUCAUGUAACUUCAGCAACCAGAGAAUGACCUAUGGCAUGACAAAAGCAAUUUGCCACUGUGGUCAGCACGUGUUGCCGUACCAAGAGUAAUUCAAAACGGUGACAUUGGAUACAUGAUAAUCAACUAUGGUCUACGGAAAGAAUCGACGC